AUGCCGUCUUCAUCCACCAAUUCAACCUCAAUAAGGUCAAUAGAUUUAAUAAAUGGUAUCAAUUCCUUAUCAUCAGAAGAUCACAUACUACUAAAUGAAACAAUAAAACAUAUAUUUAAAUCCAAAAAGACAACAGUUAUAACAGGAGCUGGAAUUUCAUGUAAUGCAGGCAUACCUGAUUUCCGAUCAAGUGAUGGAUUAUAUAAUAUGAUCAAACAUAAACAUCCAAAAGCAAUUGUAAGAGGUCAAGAUUUAUUUGAUAUUAAUUUAUUUAGAGAUAAUUUAUCAUUGAGUAUAUUUUGUACAUUUAUGGAAUCUUUAUAUAAGAGUACAUUAUUAGCAAAACCUACUGAAACUCAUAAAUUUUUAAAACAUUUAAAAGAUAAAGGAAAAUUAUUAAGAUGUUAUACUCAAAAUAUUGAUUCUUUAGAAAAAAAUGUAAAUUUAAAUUUAGGUAUUGAAAUUUCAAAUUUUGAAGAAAAUAAUGAAAAAAAUUGUAAUAGUAUUAGUGCAAUCAUACCCAAUAAAAAUCAAAAAUUUAAAGAAAAUUGGAAUUCAUUAGAUGUUAUACAAUUACAUGGAAAUUUACAUAAAUUAUCAUGUACUCAAUGUUUUAAAAAUUUCAAUUGGUCAAAUGAAUAUCAAACACAAUUCAAUCAAGGUUUAAAUCCUGAAUGUUCAAAUUGUUAUGCAAAAUAUGAAGAAAGACUUUAUUCAGGUAAAAGAAUUACUGGAAAUAUAGGUAUAUUAAGACCAGAUAUUGUAUUAUAUGGAGAAAAUCAUCCACAACUGGAAAUUUUAAGUUUAGGAUUAUCUAAUGAUUUAAAAUUAAAACCUGAUUUAUUAAUAAUAAUGGGUACUUCUUUAAAAGUAGAUGGGGUUAAAAAGUUAGUAAAAUCAUUAGCUAAUGAAAUUCAUAAAAAACCUAAUGGGAAAGUUAUAUUUGUAAACAAGACAAGUUUAAGUAAACAAUGGUCAAAUUUUAUAGAUUAUGAAAUUUUAUGUGAUUGUGAUGAAUUUAUUAAAUUAUUGAAAAGUGAAAUACCUGAUUUAUUUUUAACUCAAGAACAAAUUGAUUCAAAGAAAUUAAAAAAUUGUGCAAAAGAAUAUAUUAAACCAAUUAAUAAAAAAUCAAUUAAAAUUAAACAAGAAUCCACGAAAAUCAAACAAGAACCUUUUUCGAAUAUUUCCAUUAAAGAAGAAAAACCAAAUAUUAUAAAAGAAGACACAUAUAUAAAACAAGAAGAUCAACAAUCAAAAGAUGAUAAAAUAACAAUAAUAAAAGAAGAAAUAUUAACACCACCAGUAACACCAACAAAAAAGCAAAAACUAAUAAAACCACAACCUACUACAAAAAAUCCAAAAUUAAUAAGAAAACGAAAAUCUUCAACAUCAUCAGAUUCCGAAGAAAAUACUAGUGAUAUUGAAAAUCGAGCUAAAAAAUUAAGAACAGCUAUGAGAACUCCAAAUAAUUCAUUUGAUGAAAAUAAUUUAUCUACUAGUUUUGGGAAUAAUAAUUAUCAAAAUUUCGCCAAACCUAAAUCAAACUUGCUAUCGAAAUCAUCUACUAAAACCAAGUCAGCAUCACAAACUACAGUCUCAACAACAGCAACAACAACAAUAACAGAACCAACCACCAAGUUUAAAUUCACAACAUCAAUUACACCACCUUCAUUAUCUUCAUUAACUCAAACAUUACAAAAUAUUCAAAAUUUGCCACAAGAUUUAAAACGUAAAAAAAAUCAAAAAAUGGAAAGUGUAUCUAAUUUAUUAGGAAAUAUAUUAUCUAUAGAAGAUGAUGAAUCUAAAGUCAAUAAAUCAAACACAUCAACUUUAAAAACUAGUAGUUCUAAUCAAUCAUUACAUCAACAAUUACAAUCAACACCACCUAAAAAGCGUAAAUCAUUAGAUUUGGAUUUUAGUUCAUUUUGGAAAGAUGGAUCAACUACAAAUCUAAAAAAUAAUGAUUCAACAACAACAUCUACAAAUAACCAAGCACCAAAACCAACAGACUCAUCACAACCAACAGAUCAAUCCUUUUUAUCUUCUUUAAAUUCUUCAACAAAUCCAAAUUAUUAUGCAGAUAAAUUAAUGGAAAAAAUAAUUCAAAUGAUUAUCCCCAAUGAAAUAUAUGAUGAUCAAACUACCAAAAUGUUAAAAGAUCGUCAAAGUAUAACUCUUAUAAUAACUCAUAUAAUAUUAAAACCUAUAUUAAUUACUUGUUUACCAUUUAUUUCAUUAAUUAUAAAUACAUUAAUACCACAUUAUUUAUUGAUAUAUCCACCAGAUCCAACAUUUAAUGAAGAAUUUGUGGAAACUAAUCCAUUCCCAUCAACAAUUCCAUUAGAAUUAUAUAAAAUCCCCAAACCAGUACCUUUAUUUAGUAAAGAAUUUUUUAUGAAUUUAACAGAUACUCAAAAUUUUAUGAAAUUAAAUAUUUUAAGUUUUGAUUUUAUGAUUUGGUUAACUACUGAUUAUUUAUAUUUUAAAAAUGAAAAAAUUAGUUCUUUUAUAGUAUUGGGAUGUUUAUUUUUAAUUUUUGUGAAUCUUUAUUGUUUACCUUCUAUAAUUUGGUUUUUAAUUCAACAUAGUUGGAUAAUUAAAAUGUGGUCUAUUUUCCAAGUUUGGAUUUUUAUUAUAUUAAUGCACCCUAAAAUAAGAUCGCAAUUGUUGGAUAAAGUAUAUGAUGAGAAUACAAGAUUGGAAAUUCAAAAUUAUGUGAACAAAGUUGAAAAUACAUUAACUUCAAUUUUAGUCGAUGAAAAUGUUAAACAUGAUAACAGUAAAGAAAAUAUUGAUAAAGAUGAAUCAACUUUAUCUCAAGAUACUUUAAAACAAGUUGAAAUAUUUGAACUACAAAAAUUAAAUCUAAGAACUAAAAUUUGGCAACCUAUAGGAUUUUCAAAUCAAUUUUAUACCGUAAACACAGUUAUAAGAAGAUACAAUAAUGCAAUAAAGCAAUUAAAUGAACAACAUCCAUUAGAAGAAAUAGAUGAUGAAACAAUCCUUAAAAAUGAAGAAGAUAUAGAAGAUUCAUCCAAACAACAUCAUUUAAUCAAAUUAAAUAAAUGUGAAACUUUAAAAGAAAUAAAACCACCAAUUGGUUAUAAAUUUCUACCUACUUCGAAAUGGAUAGUUGAUUUUAAUAUUUCUGAAUGGGUUGAAUCAAAUUUAAUUCAAGAUUUGGUACUUAUUGAUGAUGAUGAAAAAUGGGCUUACGAUAUAAUAAUACCUGAUGAAGAAAAAAUUGAUGAAAAAUUUGAAAAUGAUUAUAUUUAUGAUGAUGAUGAAAUUUAUGAUAAAAUUAAUGAUAAAAGUAAUGAUGAACAAAAAAUUCAAACUAAAAUUUAUGUGAAAAAUGAAAAUAAUGAAAAAAAUGACAAUGUAAAGAUUAUUAAUGAUGAUGAAAUUUAUAGAAGAAGAAGAUGGUUAAGAUAUGUUGUAAGAGAAAAUUAUAAAGAUAAAAAACAAAUACCUGUACAACAAUCACAUUUAGCUUCUUGGGUUACUUAA